GUAAAAACUGAAUGUAACUUGUCAUUCAAAAAAGCCUAAUUUCAGCCUAUAGAUAGGAACAGUAAGGAAAAAAUUCAGGAGCAUUUCGAAUGGGUUCAUAAAUGGGAGUGUACGGACAUAAACUUUAGAACUAAUUGCAUCUUUCUCGAUGAAUCUGCAUUUCAUAUUAAUUUGAAACGUAGUAUGGCCUGGUCAAAAAAAAGGAUUGCUUGCUGUGGUCACAGUGCCCAAAACCCGAGCACAAACAACAACGAUUUUAGGCACGAUCUCUCCUUCAGGAUUAAUAAAGUGUAGCCUGAAAUUACCACAGUCACCAGCCAAGAAAAGAAAGAGAGAAGGUUAUGUUGAGCUAACGAGUACAGGGACAGUAACUGGUCGUUAUUUUAGUUUUCUGAAGGCCACGAAGGAUGAGUGGAUCAGUACCCACAUAUGAAAGGGCGCUACCUUAUUAUGGAUAAUGCUCCUAUCCAUAAAUCUGAAGAUAUUGCUAAAUAUAUUAUAUCACGCGGCUACUGUUAUGCUUAUUUACCGUCAUACUCCCUUGAACUUAAUACAAUUGAGCAAUUCUGGUCAGUUGCUAAGAGCAAAGUAAAGCACAAUGGGUUAUUGGAAAAAGAGAUGCUAAUGACGAGAAUCAGUGAAGCGUCCAAUAGCUUAAAAGUAAAUGACUUCAAAGGCUUUGUUCGACAUUCAUAUAAAUGUUUGGCCAAAUGCCGCAACAGAGAA